CUCCUUAUCAUUACAAAUUUCAAAGCAGAAAAGAAGUAGUAGUACAGAAAAGAAAGUUUUCGAACAAAAAUGUAUGUGACUAGGCCUCUUUCGAUGUACAAAAGAAAUCCCUCAGCUCUUUCAUCAGCUCCUCCUGAAGGUUCAAAUUCUGGUAUAUUGAUAAUACAAGAUGAAGAAGAUGAUCUUACUUGUUGUUUUUGCUGCUCCAAGAUCGAUUUUGUCGAAGACCUGCCUUUCCCGCAGAUCAAGAAUCUAACAGUUAGCUACACCACAACCACAGGUAAUAAUGGACUGACCACAAGCACAGGUAAUAGUGGACAGACUAUUAACAGUACAAACGAAGUUAUCUUCAUCCCUGUGCUUAAUCAGCCACUGUCUUCCAACCGAUACUACGUGAUCGAGCGUCAAGGGAAGCAUAAAGGGGAAGCACACACAAAUGCUAAAGAGGAAGACGAAACAACGUGCUGUUUUGGCUUCUGUAGACAUAAUCCGGAUAAGGAACCGCAGUCUUUCGACCCCAAGGACGUGUACGAGCAAUUUGAGAUUUGCAAGAGUAAAAGGUUUGGUUACGUUUCAAAAUCGGUGGCUCCAGAUGGCAUCCCUCCAUAUUUCUUAAGGAGAAAAGGCUGGACAGUGUCAACCUCAACUGCACGUGAUUUUGAAUUGAAGGAAGCAGCAGGCCUUGACAGAAAUCUCCGAGCCCGCCUUCCAGAUUUCCACCUGCCAUUAUCACAAAGAAGUUCUGCACCUGUUGUUGUAGGAAACUGGAAUUGUCCUUUCAUGUUUAUCAAAGAAGGAAAACUGAAGGACCAGAUGAGUAUUUCAAGGUACUAUGAAAUGACACUGGAACAAAGAUGGGAACAAAUUUUCGCAAGUGAAUAUAAUUCUAGUGAAGGCAACUCUGUCGUUGUGGAUGCUGUUGUUCAAAGAGAAACGGUUGCUGUUGCAGGUAGAGAAGUUGCACCUGACAAAAGGAAUGCAGCUGAUGGGGUGAUGUGGUUUAGGAGCUCCGGCGAUGUUGGAGGAGAAGCAAGUGUGGGGUUGAGUUUAGAAAUUGUGGGGGGGAUGGAGUGGGAGCAAGAAAGAGCUAUAUUGAGUAUUUUCUAUGCCUUGCAUAGAAAACAGGAAAAAGUCUAUCAGGCUGUACUGGGCGAGGAUCAUAUCUUCCAGUAUUACAAAGAGAAAGUUCUCGACAAUUGA